CCCAGCAUGCUCCCCGAACCGACCUUGACCCUGACGCUCCCCAGCAUCCAUGACGGCCUCACCCUCGACUGUCGCGUCUACCACCCCGUGUCGCUGCUGGCGAACCCUCGCGCUCCGCAGUGGCAACGCCAUGCCGCCGUCGUAGCGCAUCCGUAUGCCCCCAUGGGAGGAUCUUAUGAUGAUCCCGUGGUGGAUAUAGUUGCUGCUCAGCUCCUGCGCAAGGGAUAUCUAGUCGGCACUUUCAACUUUCGAGGCGCCAGUGGCUCGGCAGGCAAGACGAGCUGGACUUCGAAACCAGAACGUGACGACUAUGCUACCUUUGUAGCAUUUAUCCUACACUAUGUUCACUUUCUCGAUCCUUUUCGACCUCAAUCCUCGGAUAGUCUUGGUCCAGCACCCAUCGACGUCAACACAACGACGACUCGACAACGCCCUAUCCUCCUCAUGGGCGGCUACUCAUACGGAGCAAUGAUAACAAGUCAAUUACCUCCCCUCGACUCUCUUCUACAACCAUUCGUAUCUCCCAUAGCAGGCUCCGACGCUGCAGAAGUCCGCCUCCGAGCAGCACACCUGGCUGAGCAACAAAAUAUUAGUCAGAGUAGUGCUGCUGCUCCUCCUCCAGGAGAGCAUCUACCUACUAUCACGGACCUCACCAUGCCGAAGCCAGCGUAUUUCAUGAUUUCCCCACUUCAAGGUCUAGUUACACACCUAGCCACAAUGUCCCUGGUACCAACAGCACUCGUCAAGAAUCGGGAUCCUCACGAUGUGGCCGCUGAAGAGAAGCUAAUCUGGAAUCCUACGCUGGCCGUCUAUGGAGAUACGGAUGUGUUUGUAGCGGCACACAGAUUACGAGCCUGGACAGCAAAGUUGGGUGACAAACCCGGGUCAGGAUUUCGAGGACGUGAGAUUACGACGGCGGGACAUUUCUGGGUUGAGGAAGGUGUUUUGGAUACCAUGAAGGAUGCUGUUGGGGGUUUUGCUGAGGAGUUGCUUGGGAAGGCGUCCGCGACGUGA